AGGAAAAACGAUCUGAUCAUGCUUUCCGAGAAAGAUCAGCUCGUUUCGGUUGACGAAGAAAAGAUUAAAAUAGUAGGAAGGAUGACCACUGUCGCUUUUCGAUUAGGAAAAGUGCAUGCACUAGGAGAUGUUGUCGUAUUAGAUGUGAACACCUACGACGUCCUUUUCGGACUUUCUGCUCUUGUGGCGUUACGAGCAAACCUGGAUUUCGAACGACGAUCGAUCAUCCUCCGAAAUACAGGAGGAAAGCCCUAUGCUGUGCCUAUGAGGCUAACCCUUCGUACCACCAUCAACGCAGUCCCACGGGUUUCGCCGAUGAUGGCAGGGACUCUCCACAUGAUCUCCUGGGAUGAAUCUGCAGAUGGAAAGGCAUCGGCGAAUGAGGCGGACAACAGUGAUGAGGACGAUCCAGAAAUCUCGAAGCUAGCACGACAGCCUUUCUUCAAUACGUCGGCGAUCUACGCGGCGGCAGAGUUCCGAUUCACGGAAGAGGCAACUACGCGCGUUCUGGCCGAGAUCUCGGCCUUUCGACGGCUAUCCCCUCCCGGGAUUAGUCAUACCGCUGCCGUCGUAGUCUUUACGGGAGAUAUCACAGCGAUUCCGUCGGCGAAUCAUUCCGAUAUCUAUCGCACGUUGCGUGCCUGGGCUAGGGAAUGCGCCGCUAUUGAGCGAGGAGACGUGGGACGCGUGGUGGGAGGACUAUGUCGAGCUCGCUUUCUGCCUAUUGGAGAUAGAGUUCCGCUGGUCAGAAGCGGCCCCGUUCGGACAAGGACCGGAGCACCCAGAAGACAGCGUGGAGCUUCUGAUCAUCCAGGCCUGGAGAACAGCGGAGCAAGGCGACCUGCUGGGGAUUGUGUUCAAAAGGUGGAGGAAGGCAAUCUCACCUUCAUCACGGACGAAUUGCUGGUGUUUUUGACUCAGCUGGUGGACGAUCUACCCUUGGACAUCUUGUCGCACAGUGACAAGCAGCCUGGCACCUACGUGUUGUCUCGAACGCUCGAGCCGCACCUUGUGUGGUCCACGUGUACGGAGAUUGACGAGGACAACAGAUUUUAUCCCUCCCAGGCGCUCUACUUGGAGAUCGACGUUAUCGAUCUCACGUUUUGGGACCCGAUUGCGAGCCAAAACACGACGGAGGACGAGGAGAUAGGGGGAGCAGACGAAGAGGAGGAAGAAGAAGAGCCAUCGAGAGAAGAACGAGACGAUCCAGACUACAUACCGGAAAGCGAAGCGGGGAUAGCCAACGAAUCGAGCCAACCACGGGAAAAGAACGAAGAGGAGAAAAAGGUGGAACCAGACGGGGAAGAAGAAGAAGGAAACGAGCAAGCGGAGUCGGAGUACGAAGGACUCGAGGCUGUGGUGCGCGACGCGGCUCGAGAACGAGCGCAAGAGCAAAGGAAACGAAAGUGCCAGGAGACCGCAGACGGAAAACGAGCCACGACAAACGUUUCCCCUGUCGAUCCGUCGAUCGGGGACCCAUGGCGUGAUUCGGAGCCGCUAGAAGAAGAAGACGAUGGAACCGCAACAGAGGGAUCACGAAGCAGAAGAAGAAGAAGAAGUGAAUCGCCAGCUCCCUCCGGCUCCCCGUCCCGAUCCUCCAUUCGUCUACAUCAAGAUCUCGGCGUUCGGGCUUCGUCCCCGGUCGUUCUCUCGCCGACCCGGUGACUACCUCAUGCUUACCCGUCUU